AUGGAAUCAACAAUCUCAUGGUCAAGUAAUAAAAGUCAACAAAAACAUCGUUGGAUCAUAAUCGGAACUCUUAUUGGUAGUAUUAUCUUUUGUUAUAUAUAUCUUCAAUGUCUAUUACCAUGUAUAAUUAAAAAUUUAUUUCGACGUACUACAAAUAAUGUUUCAUCAUUAAUAAAUGAUAAAUCAAAAAACAAUAAACGACAUCGAUUACGAGUUAAAACACGUAUCGAUCAUCAUGAUAAACGAAACAAUAUAAAUAAAAAAAAGAAUACGAUAUUAAAGACUGAAAUCGAACAAAUAUGA